UCGGUACACCCCUCGCCCCGCUGUUCCUGUAGCCUCUUAAGAGCCAGCGCUCCCAGCAGACACGGAGGCGCCCCGAUCCUCCUCGGCACCUACACGGGUGCCACCACCGCCCACCCGGCCGGCGCCCAGCAUGGCCCCGCAGCAAACAGGUAGCAGGAAGCGGAAAGCGCCGGCGGUCGAGGCGGCGGCCGCGGGCUCGUCGUCGUCGCAGGGCGCGGCGGCGGCGGCGGCGGGCGCGGCGGGCGCGGCGGCGGCGGCGGCGGCGGACGCGGAGGGGCCGCUGCAGCGCAAGAAGCAGCGGCGGCCGGCGGCGCGACGCUCGCUGCUGCACUACCUGCGGGGCCGCGAGGUGGGCGCGCGGGGCCGGGCGGGCGGGCUGCCGGGCCUCGAGGGCCAGCUGCGCGGCUACGCGGUGCGGAGGCUGCCCGAGCUGCUGCGCGAGCGCGAGCUGGCCCUGGGCACGCUCAACAAGGUGUUCGCGUCGCAGUGGCUGAACGCCAGGCAGGUGGUGUGCGGCACCAAGUGCAACACGCUCUUCGUGGUGGACGUGCAGUCGCGGCAGCUCACGCGCAUCCCCCUGAUGCGCGACCGCGGCGGCCCCGGGCUGGCCCGGGCGCAGCCGGGCUGCGGCAUCCACGCCAUCGAGCUGAACCCGUCCAAGACGCUGCUGGACGGCGGCGAGAACCCCAACAGCCUGGCCGUCUACCAGCUGCCCACGCUCGACCCGCUGUGCCUGGGCGACCGCCACGGCCACAAGGACUGGAUCUUCGCCAUCGCCUGGAUGAGCGACACCGUGGUCGUGAGUGGCUCCCGCGACGGCACCGUGGCGCUGUGGCAGAUACAUCCUGAUAUAGUCACUGGCAGAAUCGCCUGGCACGAUGACGCCGGGCUCCCGGUGUAUGGCCACCUCCGACCCCGGGCCAUUGAAACCAUCCCCAGGGCCAGCAACAACCCCAAUAACCGCAAGGUGCGGGAUCUGGCCUUCAGCGGCAAGAACCAGGAGCUGGGAGCUGUGUCUCUGGACGGCUUCUUCCACCUCUGGAAAGCCGGCAACACCCUGACCAGGCAGAUGUCCUUCAGGCUGCCCCAGUGCAGAGAGAAUGUGUGCCUGACCUACUGUGAUGAGCCGUCCCUCUACGCUAUCGGGUCCCAGUCACACCUCUCCUUCCUAGAUCUGCGCCAGGGGCUGCAGAAUAUCCGGCCCUUGUGCUCCCGAGAGGGUGGCACCGACGUGCGGUCUCUGAGCUUCUACCAGCACAUCGUCACCUUAGGCACCGGCGACGGCUGCCUGCUCUUCUACGACAUCCGCGCGCAGAAGUUUCUGGAAGAGAGGGUCUUAGUCAACCCGGGCCCUCCCGCUGUGGCUGUAACGAGGAAGCUGAAGCUCACCUGUGGCAGAGGCUGGCUCAACCAUGAUGACCUGUGGGUGAACUACUUCGGUGGCAUCGAGGAGUUCCCCAAUGCGGUCUACACCCACUGCUACAACUGGCCUGAGAUGAAGCUCUUUGUGGCGGGAGGGCCUCUCCCUUCAGGCCUCCACGGGAACUACGCAGGACUGUGGAGCUAAGGAUGGCUGGCCCUGUGUUCUCAAAGUGCCCAAGACUUACCUCCCAGUCUUAUUAAUAAGACUUCCUCACGCUGUGUUUGUGCUUUAAAUUCAUUUGGCUUUGUUUUGCAGGUGGUUGUGCCCAACUUACCUGUGUGUAGUGUAUUAGGCUGAGAGAGACUUUGGACAAUCAAAACUUUAAGAUUUUCUACACUGCAAUACCAUAUUUGAAUUCUCAUACAGAAAAUUUUGUCUAAUUCUUAUUUGUAUUCUCUCUGGGUAAUUUACAUAUAUUCUCUCUCUUUGAUGUUGUGCAGUUUAUGGUUUACAAUUUACAGUUAUGUAGAUUUUGUUUUUUUCAUUACCGGUAUUGAUUCAACAUUGUUCUUAGUUGCUUUUCAUUACGGAUGUGUGGUUUUUGAAGAAUAUUUUUAAAACAGGUUUUGGUAUAUCUGUUCUGAAGAGUUAACUACAGUUUUAUGGCAUUGCUCCAAUGUUAUACAUUCAAACAUACAUUACACGUUCUGCAUUACCAAAGUUUUAAAACAUUCCAUUUGAUAAUUGUAAUCUUUGUGUUUAUAGUUUGUAAGUUGUUGGUGCUAAACAUGCUUUCAAAAAACUUGCUUUUGUUUUAAAAAACUGCUCUUAUAAUCUUGUUUCAUGUACCAAAACCUCAGCUGGUCAUCAUACUUUAGGAAUGCAAGUGUUCCGCUGAUUGAAUGUUCAGAAUUAAUCUGAAAAUCUAUUUUUUUCUCCUUUAACCCUUAUUUACAUUUUCAUGUGCUGUUGUUAGAUAACUGAAUGUGUGUUGUUGUUGUUUUUUUUUCACUUCUUGCCUUAGUACUAUCAAGACUGUAGAAUAUAUUUGAAUGUUUGCUGUAUAAGGAUCUUGCACAGAGUUUCAGUGCCAUCAUUCAAAGCAGGGAUUCUAAGUAUAAAUGUAGAAUGUAUGGCAAACUGGGCAGAAUGUAUACUGAUCCAGUAUAUAAACUGGAUAUUUUUUUGCUGUUGCUGUUCUCAAUACCAAAUAUUAUAUUUGAAAGUCUGCUUAACAUUUAAGUCACAGGAAAAAAAAAGAAAACUGAGCCAGUCCCACUCCUUCUGAAAAAGGUCUUAUUUUCUAAAUUCCAAAUUAAUAAGACUUUAUUUUGUGAAUUUCAAUGAUUCUUAAAGUAGUAUAAAUAUAUUACUAAAAAGUAGUAAUGUUUUAAUCUGCAGUGUAAUAUAGAUAAUAUACAAUUAUUAAGGAAGUUUGUUUUUGAAGUGAUGAACUGGAGAUUCAAAAUAAAUGGGAUUCUGUUGAAAAGUAAUUUGCAUCUCAGAUAAAUACAAUUUGUACUCUGUUAGGAAAAUAGGUUGUACUUAUCCACGUGAGAAUAUUGGAAGUGAGGAAAGAGUGACCCUUCCUCAAAACCUGUGAUGGUUGUGCUGACCUCAGACUAGUAUUGUGGUGUGUCUGUUUUUUAUUAAAUGCUUUGGCACUUAUAUGCUGCGUUGGUAGCCAUGCACUAUAUGCUGUUCAGUUGCAAAUCUGAACCAAGUAAUAUAAUAACACUAAAAGUGAGUUAAGAAAUAUGGAAAAUAAGCUUUUGUUUACAUAGAUUGUUUUAACAGUUUUAUGUAGUUGUUAAGUAACAGUAAAACAUAUUUAAUUUAAUGUGUGCUUAUAUGUGUCUCCAACUCAGUUGCGUGUGUCUUGAGAGCAAAAAUUAUAACUGCCUUUUUUAUAUUCUCUCAUUUCUCCACUAAUGCCUAGAAAAUCAUAGGUAGUCAGUAAAUAUUUACUGAAUGAAUGUACUUGCCACUGGAGACCUAAAGUUCAAGGCUAUGAAAAAUGUAUAAGUAUAUAAAUACAUAAAUAAAAGU